GAAGACUUUUUUUUGGUUUCUUCAAGUAUCACAUCAUUAUCUUCAUACCUUAUAAAACCAGGUCUUCUCUUCUGACAUUUUCUCAUCAGAAAAUCGGAAUUUCGGAAAUCGGAAAUAUUAAAAAUAAAAAAAUAUAAGAUGGGAAGAGCUCCGUGCUGCGACAAAGCUAAUGUGAAGAAAGGGCCAUGGUGCCCGGAAGAAGAUGCAAAGCUCAAGGCGUACAUCGACAAGUACGGCACCGGUGGAAAUUGGAUUGCUCUUCCUCAGAAGAUCGGGCUUAAGAGAUGUGGGAAGAGUUGCAGGCUGAGAUGGCUGAAUUACUUGAGGCCUAAUAUCAAGCAUGGUGGAUUUACUGAGGAAGAGGAUAAUAUUAUAUGCAGCCUCUAUAUCAGUAUUGGAAGCAGGUGGUCUAUAAUUGCUGCACAACUGCCUGGAAGAACAGAUAACGACAUCAAGAACUACUGGAACACAAGGCUGAAGAAGAAGCUUCUAGGCCGACGUAAAAAUUCCAACUCCAAUAAUCGAUUUUCGAAUAAUAUCCCGGGCCACAAUCCAAGCAUCGAUAACGCAACCGAAGAAGAAAAAAGCUACAAUAACCUAAGCAGUUCAGCCCUAGAAAGGCUUCAGCUUCACAUGCACCUUCAAAACAACAAUAAUAAUAAUGACAAUAAUAACCCUCUCUCCUUUCACAAUAAUCCUGUGCUUUGGCCCAAACUGAACCCCCUACACCACAAAAUGAUCCAAACCCUCCAUUCUCUUAACCCUAAUCCGACGGACCAAAUUCACUCCACUACUAUUAGUAACCCUGAUCAAUUAUUACCAGCUCCUGUUUCUUCUGAUCUUGAUCAUCAAGAUUAUUACAGCCCUUUGAGCAAUUUGAUUGUCAGUAAUAAUACAGAUGAUGAUCAAAUCAACGGUCUUGAUUUAUCGGGUUUUACCGAAACCGAACUCGAAGAUUUACUACUCAACAACAAGUCUUCCGGUACUUCUCUCGCGGUGGAAAAUAAUAUUAAUGGUGGUUUGAAGGACAACCUAGGAUGGUGGUCUGACGAAUUCGAUGCCAGCUCAGCGUCGUUAAACUCGUGGGAUUCGGCGGUUACUAUGUUUCAUGAUCAGCCUCAGGAGAUUACUUAUGAUCAAGAUUAUGUGCUGGGAUAUAGUAUGCACUAAAAUUAUUUUGAGGAAACAAAACAGGUGAGGUUUUAAUUUAAUUAUUAUUAUAGGAGUUCAUUUGUUAUAUUAAACCUUUCAUAAAAGAGAAUAUUCUGAUUUAUGUCUUUUUUUGUAAAAUUUUAUGUGAAUAAAUGAUGUUAUGUACUUCUUUUUGUGAUCAUCUGCCACUAUGUAAUCAGACAAUAUGAAUUUAUUAUUAUUGUUGGUUGUUAUAAAUUCUGAAUUUCGGA